UGCGCCACGCGGGACCACGUGACCUCCGCAAAGUCGAGCGAGAUCGCGGGACGGCGGACAGGAGACGACGCCGAGGCGGUGUUUUCGGGGCGGGCGCGAAGAUGAACAGCGUCGGCGAGGGCUGCACGGAGCUCAAGCGCGAAUACGACCAGUGCUUCAACCGCUGGUUCGCCGAGAAGUUCCUGAAGGGAGACCGGAGCGCGGAUCCGUGCAGCGAGCUGUUCCGCAAAUACCACACGUGUGUUCAGAAAGCCAUCAAGGAGAAGGACAUCCCUAUCGAAGGCGUGGAGUUCAUGGGCCCAAACAGAGAGAAAGCGGACAGCUGAUGGCUUUUAUAUGGACCGCAUCGAUGACCCUUCGAAGGACACUUACCUUUGACACUAAAACUGUACAUUAUCGCCCGGGUCGUUGUUAGAGAGGGGCACGUUUGAGCCGUCUGCUUCCUAAACGUGCGGGGAAUGUCUUGCGCAUGCGCGCGUUAACGAAACAGGUCGCGUUUCGGGUUGCCAGGUGCAGCCGUUUUCUACGGAAGCUCGUAAUGUAAUGAAGUAAACUCAAAUUUAAAUGGGUAAUCAUCUUCGCUUCUUUAUUUUUUCCCAUCACAUUGCACGUUUUUAUCUCGCAGUUCAGGGAUAUAAUCUGAGUUUGUUUUGCAGUUAUCUUCGUGUGCACUAAAAAAAAAAUUUUGCCCCCUACAGAACAUAAUAGGUAAUUAUUAUUUUAGCUUACAAUAAUUUAUUUUAUUUUUUUAAAUCAGAAUUCUGAAUUUAUAUCUUGCGAUUUUUAGGGGGUUUUUGUUCGUUCGCAGAAUUAAAAAAAAAAGCCAAUGGUGACUUUAUUUUCAUACUUUUACAUUUUUAUUUUGUCAUUUUAAAUUUUCUUUAUAAUUAUGAAAGUUGUGGCAGUUGUAACUCUGCCAUUUUUAUGCAAGUCUACGUCUUGCAUCUAUUUUUUUUCUCACAAUAAACAUUUUAAUUUCAAAUAUAUAUCUCGCAAUUAAUUUUUCUACUCCGAGCAAUAAGCUUCUUGAAAUACCUUGAGUUUAUUUUCACAAUCUUGUAUUAUUUUAUUUUUUAAUCUGACUUCGCAUCAAGCAAAUCAUCCAAUAGUACCAUAAGUUUCUGUGUUACGUGUUAAUUUAUUUGCAAGGCCUGUUUUGUGUUUUCUGGAGCAUGUGAGAGUUUUAUCAGGUAGGAUGCAACGUAUUUUAAAGCAUCUGUGUAAAAUUUUGUUCAUGCGAUAUGUCAAACAAAGGAAAUAAACCGAUGGCAACCGUUUAAAAGAA